CCUCUAGGCCAUCGUCGCCCGAGCCAAUUGCUUGAAGAACUCUGGCGUUCCCGACGACAUCUUCCAGCUGGACGAUCUCUCUGUGUUGGAUCUGAGCUACAACCAGUUGACGGAGUGUCCCCGAGAGCUAGAGAAUGCAAAAAACAUGCUGGUGCUGAACCUGAAACAUAACAGCAUUGACAGCAUCCCCAACCAGCUGUUUAUCAACCUGACUGACCUGUUGUACCUGGACCUGAGCGACAACAAGCUGGAGAGCCUUCCCCCCCAGAUGCGGCGCCUGGUACACCUGCAGACCUUGAUCCUGGACAAUAACCCUCUCAUGCACGCUCAGCUCAGACAACUUCCAGCGAUGAUCGCCUUGCAGACUCUCCACCUCCGGAACACGCAACGGACUCAGAGCAACCUGCCCACCAGCCUGGAAGGGUUGGUCAACCUAACCGACGUGGACCUCUCCUGUAACGACUUGUCCCGCGUCCCCGAGUGUCUCUACACCUUGUCCAACCUGCGGCGUCUCAACCUGAGCAGCAACCAGAUCUCUGAGCUUUCCCUCUGCAUCGACCAGUGGACACGGCUGGAGACCCUCAACUUCUCGCGAAACCAGCUCACCUCUCUGCCGUCAGCUAUUUGCAAGCUGACCAAGCUCAAGAGGCUCUACCUGAAUUCCAACAAGCUGGAUUUCGACGGCAUUCCCUCAGGCAUUGGGAAGCUGGCUAACCUGGAAGAAUUCAUGGCCGCGAACAACAACCUUGAACUCAUCCCAGAAAGCCUCUGUCGGUGCGCUAAGCUACGGAAGUUGGUUUUAAACAAGAACCGGCUAGUCACCCUGCCUGAAGCCGUGCACUUUCUGACGGAUAUUGAGAUCCUGGACGUCCGCGAGAACCCCAGCCUGGUGAUGCCCCCCAAACCUGUGGACCGAACCUCUGAGUGGUACAACAUCGACUUCUCCCUGCAGAACCAGCUCCGGUUGGCUGGGGCCUCUCCGGCUACUGUGGCAGCUGCCGGUGCAGGGAGCAGCCCAAAGGAUCCCCUGGCUCGGAAGAUGCGCCUGCGUCGGCGCAAAGAUUCCACGCAGGACGACCAGGCGAAACAGGUGCUGAAGGGCAUGUCAGACGUGGCGCAGGAGAAAAACAAGAAGAUGGAGGAGAACGGGGAUUUGAAGUACACUGACCUGAAAACCCGCCGUUGGGACCAGAGCCUCGAGAAGCCGCAGCUCAACUACUCCGAGUUCUUCACCGAGGACGUGGGGCAACUGCCGGGCGUCUCCGUCUGGCAGAUCGAGAACUUCGUGCCCGUCAUGGUGGACGAGGCUUUCCACGGGAAGUUCUACGAGGCCGAUUGCUACAUUGUGCUGAAGACAUUGCUAGACGAUAAUGGUUCCUUGAACUGGGAGAUCUACUACUGGAUCGGCCAGGAGGCCACACUUGACAAGAAGGCCUGCGCGGCCAUACAUGCUGUCAACUUACGGAACUACCUAGGAGCCGAGUGCCGGAGCAUCCGGGAGGAGAUGGGGGACGAGAGCGACGAAUUCAGUCAGGUAAAGGCCCACCUGUGGAGGGAUGUCUUUCUGACAUCUGGAGGAUUCUUCGUAUUGGGGUGA